AAAACAUUGUCAUCCAUGCCAACGGCGCUCGAUAUGUAGUGAACAAGUUUGCUAAACUUGAACAAUUCUCCGUCUAAAUAAUGACCGAAACGUCGCCACAUGAAGUUGCUAACAGCAAAGAAAGUUUCCGAAACAUAGCCUGCUUCUUUGUGUUUGGAAUACUGUCGUUAAUCUACGAUGAGACUUCUCUCGCGGCGGCCGAAGAUGUGUUGUCGGGCAGUAAGAUUCCCACUACAGUUGUUAUAAUUGCCAUCGCCGUACCGGUUCUCGGUGUAAAAAUCAUCGCGCCGUGGUUUCUCCAGAGGUGUCCAUACUUGGUCAAGGCCUGCCUGGUUGUGUUGCUUCUUUUUGCGGGAUUAAUCGUGGUUGUAACGGCUUACGAUGUUCACUUGAGGUUGUUCGGCAUUAGCGUCAUCGAAUCGGGAGUCAGUUUGAGCGAAAUAACUUUCUUGGCCAUGACUGCCUGCUAUGGCGAGAUGACAGUCAGUGCAUUUGUAGCGGGGAUCGGCGUGGCCUCGUUAUUGGGACCAUUUUACUACACAGGUCUAUCAACAUGGCUGUGUCUCGCACCGAAAAAAACACUUUCAACAACAUUUCCUUGGCCAUUUCUUGUCUUAGUUACGUACUUCAUCUUGGAAAAGAAAGACAUUGAUUCAAAGGCGAAAGGACACGGAGGCGACGGGUACGAAAAACUUCCCUUGAGCGAGAACACUUCUUCGGAUGAACAAAAUGCUACUCCUGAACACGGCUUGACUUGGGAAGAGAAAUUUUCCGUUACCAAGCAGAUUUUACCUUAUAUCACUUUCUUGUUUCUCACGUAUUUGGCAGAGUAUCUCUCUAACCAUUCCGUUAUAACAACCCUAGCUUUUUCAAACUCCUCGUUCAGUCCGCGGGACCAUUACCAGUACUACAUUGUGUGCUAUCAAGUUGGAAAGUUCCUAGGAAGGUCCCAUAUCUUCCUACUCUCUUGCACCUGCUCAAAAGUGGUCCCUUAUGUGCGAGUUAAGAAAACAUGGAUUUUCGCUUUGGUAGAGAUAGCACAUCUCAUAUUCUUUACGUUUGCUUCGUGGUUUCGUUUCGUGCCGCAUGUUUCUAUCGUACUAAUUCUCUGUGUAACAGAAGGAUUUGUGGCCGGAUCAAUGUACGUCAAUUCGGCCCACACAGUGUCUGAGGUCGUCUCAGAUCCGAAACAGAGAGAAUUUGCAUUAGGACUACUAACCAUUGGAAACGGGAUAGGAAAGCUAACAGCUGGGCUCGUAGGACUUCAUUUGGAACCGGAGCUGAAGAGUCAUUGUGUUUAUGACUUGGAGUUACAAGAUCAGUGCAUUACUCGAUAUUCAACAGAAUCUGGCUGGGAGACAAACAUGCGCUGCAGUCAUUCUCAAACAAACUCAACAAAAUUUUGAAAAAACAAUUGCAAGAGAAUAUGAAUAUACGUUUUUUCUCUGUAGUAAAGCAAUAUUGGAGUUUGAUGAACAUUGAAAAGAGGAACUUGAUGACAUAAUUGCUUUUGUUUUGAUUUUAAAGUGGAUAGAGUUAUGUUUCGUUUCCUUAUCGCGUUUACGCCCCUAUUUUCCAGACUGGAUACUAUUGUUCAAAGUUUGAAUCACUUACGCGGCUAGCAUUCCUGUUUAAACCAAUUUACAAUAAUUGUAAUUAUACCCUUGUAAUGGCGCGCCUCUUGAGUAUCGAGGCAAUUGGAGUUAGGGAAUGGACGGAGUUAGAUCAGAGUUUCUUUUUACAUAAAAUUUUCCCAGUUUUUAGAUAUUAUUGUUCCAGUUACUGAUGUUCUGACCAUAUUUUGACACCUUCUGUGGUCUACAACUGUACAGACCCAGGACAACAUCGAAUCAAUUUGUUUUUUUCUAAUAAAACAGCAAAUUCUGCU